UAGAAUGAUUUGUCACAAAACGAUUUAGGCUGCUGUUCGCCUGGUCUCCAAAAAUUGAUUUAUAGUUAAUGUUCCAUUUAGUUGCACUUUCAAAAAGUCACUCCUUACCAAUGGACCAAAGGCGUGACGAAAUAUUUAUAACUGAUGUGCUAUGCUUAUGGUUCACGGUUAAAGGUAAGCUACUCCCAUAAAUAGGGUUUAGGAUAAAACCAUCCCAUCCGUCUGCUCUUAGCGAAAAUCUCUGCAUUCUUCCAGAAAAUAUCAGAGCCUGCAUAUCAAUCUCUCCAUCACUCAACCGAGAAAUAUUGUUGUUUUUUUUUAAUCAAUUGACCAAAACCCAGUUUCUAGUACCAAAAAGCUUAAAAAAUGAACAGUGUCAGUAAUGGAAAAAAAGUCCCAGAACAUCUCAACGGAUUGAACAAAAGAAUCGUUGAGUUCCAAUUAUCAGAAGGGCGCAUACCUGUAAAAUCCCACAAGGAUUCGGAAGAUGUGUCCAUGCUUUCUGCCAUAGAAGGGGCUUACACUACUGUCCUUAGAGAGCUGGGCGAGGACACCGAACGCGAGGGCCUUUUACGCACACCAUUGCGCGCAGCAAAGGCUAUGCAGUUCCUUACUAAAGGCUACCAUGAGACUGUACAAGACAUCCUGAAUGAUGCCAUCUUCGAUGAGAACCACAGUGAGAUGGUAAUAGUGAAGGACAUCGACAUGUUCUCCCUCUGUGAGCAUCACCUGGUGCCCUUCUUUGGCAGGGUUCACAUAGGAUACAUUCCAAACAAUAAAGUAGUUGGUCUCAGUAAACUAGCAAGAAUUGUUGAAAUCUACAGCAGAAGACUUCAAGUUCAGGAGCGUCUAACCAGACAGAUUGCUACUGCUAUCUCAGAGGCAUUGGAGCCAAAGGGUGUUGCAGUCAUUAUUGAGGCAGGUCAUAUGUGCAUGGUGAUGAGAGGUGUCCAGAAAAUAAAUAGCAGAACUGCAACCAGCGUCAUGAUCGGAGUGUUUCAGGAGGAUCCCAAGACUCGCGAGGAGUUUCUGUCUCUGAUCAAGAGGAACUGACACGAUCAAACUAUCUGUGGGGCUUUCCAAGCAAAGCCUUUUUCUUUUCUUUCCUCCCCGUAUUAUGUAUCUCACUGACAGUCUUAGUUGAUGUCAAGCAUUCUCCUCUGUAGUUUCCCCCCUGAAUAAGAGACUCUGUAGGGCUGAACUGGUGCUGCUGCAUUUAUAGAAUUAUUGUCCAAUGAUUGGUGCAAAAAAACGAACAGGGGCCCAUUAUCAUUAUUAAGGGUCACCAUCAUUUAUACAUGUUUAUGAGUGUUAUAUAUGUGAUAUCAUAAGUAGUCCUGAGGUUGUGACAAUGUUGAUAUGACACCAUUGUUACUGUUGCGUACAUCUGUAUAUCAUGUACAUGUACACAGCAAAAAACAACAACACAUUUAUACAAUAGCAAGUGCUGCCAAUCUAGAGUUGAGGGGACUUAACCCUUAAUCUAAUGGUGAUAAUACUACAUACAUAUGUUCCACAAACACACCUCCAUAACCUUCAAUUAUGACAAUGUUUCUGAGACUAUGAAGAACCGAUCAAAUUCAUGUCAAAUAAAUAAAGGUUUCGUUGGUUUGACAAUUUCAAGAAGGCUUGUGUAAUCUCUAAUUCCAGGAAUCUGUUUGUGUCUGUGUGUCCAUGGCUCGAUUAUUUUUGCAAAC